UGAACAUUACGGUCGAUGUAUUUCCUCUUUCGAUUCAGUUGCGUGGUGCAGGAAAAAUAUAGAACGCUGAAAGCAAUAACUCGAUCACUCGGACACACUAAAUUCACAAUCACGCACGCGAUCUCCUGAACACAGUGAAGGGCUGAAGAGUUCAAAAUCUACGAUGCGUAUGAUACUCCUGGCAAUUGUGGCUCUGACCACAACAGAAAUGACCGCAUCUGCAUCGACGGGCCCCGUGCCUUCAGACUGCAUGCAUUGUAUUUGCAUUGUGGAGUCAGGGUGCAAGAUGCCUAACCCUGUUUGUCGUGAGGACGUUGGGUCGCUGUCCUGUGGACCCUAUCAAAUCAAGGAUGCGUACUGGCAGGAUGCUAGACUCAAAGGAGGCGAUCUGAUGGGAGACUGGAAGAAAUGCACGGCCACUUUCCCCUGCAGCGAGGCGGCUGUCCAGGGAUACAUGGAGCGAUACGCCAUCAAGAGUCGGCUGGGUCACGAUCCGACCUGUGAGGACUUUGCCCGCAUCCACAACGGUGGGCCCGACGGCUUCAAGUAUCCCGGCACUAUCGGCUACUGGAACAAGGUCAAAAAGUGUCUCGACAAACAAUAGAUGCACUCUGAGCUAUCGGCUGCUUUCCCAGCAUUUAUCCAUUUUCAUUCACACCUUUAAAUCAUAGCCAUUAACAAGCUUCCAAUCAACAACAGUCUCCCAAGCAAUGACAUUAUGAUUCGCUAUACUGCGCAUUUACCUUAUUUUUUAAAAGGAAUAUGAUAACUUACCGCCCAUUUGGAGCAGUUGCCAUUUCGUUAUCUGUUGCGACUUAUAAUGAUUAAAGCGCGUUGUCAUUGUUAAACGACAUGUUUUUUUUAUUGAGUAGGGUUUUUACGUACUGUAGACAAAACCACAUAUUAUUCUUUGUAUUAACCUAUUUGUAAUCUUCAAGUUUCCCCUUUGCUUAAUGUAGACAAAAAUUAUGAGUUUUUACAAACUGUUUGUGUUUUAACAUUUUGCUUGAUAUAGACAGACACCAUUAAGUAAUAAUUACCGUACUGCUUUCAUGUGAAAAUGACCGUUGACAAAAAAUGCAUCUUCCUUUGUAUAAAUGAACCAUGACCUCGCUGCACACACAGAAAACGUUACAUGUUUACAAUGUGCCUUACGAAUCUCCUAAUUGCUAGGUAAAGCUUUGUACAAUAAUAGUCUUUGGUAAUGUGUUUCACAAACAUUUUUUUUGUAAUUUUCUUUGAAAAAUAUUGGUAAAAACAGUCAGGUAAAAUGUUACUGAAUCCUUGGUUAAAUACACUUUGUUUUGUUGUAGGACUGAAAUAUGUUGUUUUCAAUAGGGCAAAAUGUUAACAAAACUAUCAUAAAAAAAAUUGUUUUUGUCCUCUGUAUGUACUUGUAACCAAAGUCUCUUUGAUAAAUAAGAUUAAGUGAUGUCCGCUGCAAAGAUCUCCUCCUAGUGAUUAGAAUCGAAACGGCUGUCGUCAAGACUGUCUGUUGAAGGAAAAUACUGCGCUAUUGUAAACGGAUGUUGAGGGUCUGUAUCUGCCCGGUGUGUCCCAAUAAACCAGUGCAAGUGCACAAUAAGCCCUGAGA